UACUGGCCUUAAAGACGUGGAAAAAUGUCUAUCAAUUCAAAAAAUGCAGUUCCCUCCUGUUAAUGUGGCUUCUCCAGUCAAGACGCGGAUCACAUUUUCUGGAACUGCCCUUUAUACGAUACACAGAGGAUAACUCUCUUAAAACAGCUAUCAAGAUUUAAGGGGAUAACACGAUCCUACAAGAUCCAAAAUAUUCUAAGCCUUUCUCCGGGGUUAUUCACGUACUAUUCUCCUUCCUAAAAUCCUGUAAGCUCUGAACGGAGCAUCCUCCUGAUACAUCACCUUUUAACUCACUACAUUAUUCUCUCGCUCAAACCAGUUGUUGGCCUGAAUAUACUGAUUGCUCCCAGAUCAGAGGUGGUCAUUAAAAUCCAAAGAAGAAGAAGAAGAAAAUGUAGCAGAUUAUUCAAAAUAUUGUCUGAUAAAAAUUAUUGCGUAUAGUACGUUUAUUUCAUUGCUUUAUAUAAUACGUAUAAAAAUGCAUAACAUUAUAUCAAAUUUAUUUUUUAUCGAGAUUAUUCGUACUAUUCGCAAUACAAGAAUUUUCAAGCAACAAAGGUGGAUAUCUUUAUCAAACAAGUAUUUCUUUGCACAACAGACAACUGAUGUAGAAUAUAACGUACCAAUUGAAACUAUUCGGAACUUCAGUAUUGUUGCACAUGUUGAUCAUGGUAAAAGUACGCUUGCGGAUAGACUACUAGAAUUAACUGGGGCUAUAAAGACAAAUUCAGGAAAGCAAGUUUUGGAUAAUUUACAAGUGGAGAAAGAACGUGGAAUUACUGUGAAAGCACAGACAGCUUCACUAUUUUAUUCACACCGAGGGAAGAAUUAUCUUUUAAAUCUUAUUGAUACACCAGGACAUGUGGAUUUUUCAGCAGAGGUCCAUCGUUCAUUGACGCCUUGUCAAGGAGUCAUACUAUUGGUCGAUGCAAAUGAUGGUGUCCAAGCACAAACCGUAGCUAAUUAUUACUUGGCACGAGAAAAAGAUCUUGUAAUAAUACCAGUGAUUAAUAAAGUGGAUCUGAAAAAUGCUAAUCCUGAAAAAGUAAAAGAUCAAUUGCAGAUGUUAUUUGAUAUAGAAGAUAUUGAUGUUAUCAAAAUAUCUGCUAAAUUAGGUAUUGGAAUUGAUAAAGUUUUAGAUGCUAUAGUUGAAAGAAUUCCAUCACCUAAUGUAUUUCGAGAUAAGCCUUUUAGAGCACUAAUAUUUGACAGUUGGUACGACAAACAUAAAGGUGCUAUUUCUUUAAUUUAUGUGAAAGAUGGAACACUGUCUGUUGGCAAACACAUCACUUCCUCACAUAUGCAAAAAUCGUAUGAAAUUCGAAAUAUUUUCCUUCUUAGACCUCAUGCAGAGAAUGUAAAGACGAUAUUUGCUGGACAAGUAGGUGCCAUUUCAUGUAAUAUGAAAUCUAAAGAGACUCACAUUGGCGACACUUUGCAUCUACGGAAUCAGUAUGUUGAUCCCUUAGAAAGAUUUAAGCCACCAAAGCCGAUGGUAUUUGCAGGUGUAUAUCCAAUGGAUCAAUCACAAUUUGUCUCUUUACAAACAGCUAUUGAUAAACUUACAUUAAAUGAUAGCGCUGUGACUGUCACUCUAGAAUCAAGUGUUGCACUUGGAAGGGGCUGGCGAAUUGGCUUUUUAGGCUUAUUACAUAUGGAAGUAUUUAUUCAACGUCUUGAGCAGGAAUAUGGAGCGCAACCGAUAGUUACAGCACCCGCAGUUACAUACAAGGCAAAGAUUUUUGGCAGUAGAAAUAUAACAAAAUAUCAAGGAGAUACUAUAACUUUUAAUAAUCCAGCGUAUUUUCCAGACGUACAAAUUGUUAACGAAUUUUACGAACCUAUGAUUAUAGCAACUAUUAUAACACCAGUUGAAUAUAUGAAGGAUAUUACGUUACUUUGUCGAGAAAAGCGAGGUGUGGAAAAACUGAACAAGACUAUUGGUAAUGACAGACUUAUGUUGCAAUAUAUAAUGCCAUUGAAUGAAGUAAUCCUUGACUUUCAUGAUUCCUUAAAGAGCAUAAGUUCUGGUUAUGCUAGUUUUGAUUAUGAAGAUUAUGAUUAUCAAUUAUCAGAUAUAGUGAAGUUGGAUAUUCUCUUGAAUGGGAAACUAGUAGAAGAAUUAAGUACAAUUGUACAUGAAACAAAAGCGUAUAAAACGGGUAAGAAAUUGUGCGCUAAGCUUCUCGAAACCAUUCCUCGACAGCUUUUCGAAAUAGCGAUUCAAGCAGCGAUAAAGAAUAAAGUAAUUGCAAGAGAAACUCUAAAACCAUACAAAAAGGAUGUAACAGCAAAAUUAUACGGAGGUGAUGUUACUAGGAGAAAAAAAUUGUUAGCACAGCAAGCUGAAGGAAAAAAGAAAAUGAGAAUGAUUGGAAAAAUUUCUUUACCACGGGACACUUUUAUAAGCGUGUUGAAAAAAUAGUAAUUUUGUACAUAAUAAAUGGACAAAUAAGAUUGUACGUUAUCUUUA